AUGACGACAAUCAACGUACAACCUCAGUCUAUACCACUGGACUUGUCUAGCUUCGCUUUAUCGUCAUCGCAAAUAAUUCCUUCAAUUUCUAACUUCCAUCCUGCUCUUUACUCUCUAGUGGAACUUCAGAAACAGUAUCAGACUUUUGGUGUUGAUUCAUCGUACAGUUCAUCUGAACGUAAUAAUAACUUUGCUCCGAUUCAAGUUGAUUCUUCUGGCUCGUCGUCUUCUUCCACAAAAUCUGACACUGAUUCCAUUGCAUCACCCCCACAUCGUAAUAAUGUGAUAGUAAAAGCAGAUUUUAAGCGAAAAAAAGAACUGGUGAAGGAUAAUGCUUAUUGGGAAAGACGAAAGAAGAAUAACGACGCCGCAAAAAGAAGCAGAGAUCAUCGUAGGAUGAAAGAAGACGAAAUCGCUUCCCGGGCUGCCUGUCUCGAACAAGACAAUAUUCGAUUACGAUCCGAACUUGAGCAACUACGAAAUGAAACAGAAGCUUUAAGAAGUAUAAUCGUUAAUACAUCUGCCAGUCAACAACUCAAUAUAAAAGUUCCUGUAGCGAUUCGCCCGAGCUCGACAGUUACAUCAUCCUCAAAUCUUUUAACAACAAUACCACCAUCAGUUAUUACAUCAAGUAAUGCUCAAAUGCAUAUACAGUAUCCUGAUUCCACACAUAGAAGUACAGUUCUUGUCACAAACUAUUCAAGUUCUACGUAA